UAGAUCUAUCUACCCAUACAUAUGUAAGUUAGUGUGCAGAAGAUGUGCAUUAUCGAUUUGUUAUGAUAAUGUCUUGUAAUUGAUAAAGAAUUAUUUGAUUUUCCACAGAUUUACUAUGCUACUGAAUUACAGUAUUGAUCGCAUUCUCUUAUCUUCCGUUAAUCUUUCAUAUCACGCUUAAACAAGUGGAAGUCAUGUAUAAUGUUCGAAUGAAAUUAUAAAUUAGGAAUUAAGUUUACUAGGAUAUGUAAGACAAGCACUGUUCUCUUGUCUAAUUAUCAAUGGAAUCGAUCAAAAGAAGUGUUGUAAUGUUAUUAGGUUAGAUGAUGAAAAACAUGGAAACUUCUGAACACUAUUAGAAAAGCAUAUUUCACAAUAGCACAAAACAUGAUAAUACCAUUUUUCUAUUGAGUGGAGGAAUAAAUAGAAAAAACAGAUUUCGAUUUUAUUUAUUGGAUGGAAAAAAACUAAGUAUACGUAAAUAUAAACAAAUAUAUUGAGGAGAUAUUUGUCACAGAAAGAGCUGGUGGAAAUAUUUGUACAUACAUGCACACAUACUUGUAAACAUUUAUCAUAUACACAUAUAAAUAUUAUUUGGAGCAUGGAAAUUUGUAAAGGUAAACCAGGUUUUUUAAUCCCGAAUCUCACAUCUGCAACUGCGAUGGCUGCAGCCUCUGGAGAUGGGAAUGGUUCUAGUAGUGAUGGUGAUUCAGUUCAAAUGACAAUCUCUAAUAACAAUCAUCAUCAUCAAAACAAUAACAACAACAAUGGGAAUCAUUCAAGCGGGGGAAAUUCUUUAAUUAAUUUGAGUAAAACUGUAUCUAAACAUAAUAUGGAUUCAGAUUUAGGAUCUGUUAAAAUGUAUAUAAACAAAUCAUUAUCUGAUAAUGCUUCUGCUAAAUCGCCACUUUCGUUACAUUUGGAGAAUUCUGGGAUAACACAUGAACAUUUGAUAACUGAAUCAAAUAAUGCGCUACAACAACAUCUUCAUUCUCAUCAUCAUCAUAUUAAUACACAAUUAAAAAGAAGCCCUCCACCGCUUAAUCCUGUUCUUACUCUUCCCUCUGUCACAACUACCAUUCCAAAUGGAUCAUUCUAUUGUAAUUCGAUAAAUACAAGUUCUAAUCAUCAAAUAAGAUCAGGUAAACGUCCAGCGCCUACAACGCCGAAGCGAUUAUCAACAAAUUCUGCAGAUUUUCAUUUUGACGAUGACUGUGUCAGUAAUUCCGGUUCUGAUAUGGAUGCUCAUGAGAAUUCGAGUUCCACAGAUGUUGAAGGUGUUUGGUCGAUGGAUAUAGAACAAUGUUUUCAGGAAGCUCUAGCAAUAUAUCCACCAUGUGGACGUAGGAAAAUUAUACUAUCGGAAGAGGGAAAAAUGUAUGGACGAAAUGAAUUAAUUGCUAGAUAUAUAUAUCAACACACUGGAAAGAUUCGAAGCAGAAAACAAGUUUCAAGUCACAUUCAAGUUUUGGCUCGUCGAAAAUCUAAAGAACUUCAAGCUCAGAUUAAGGAUCCUGAUACGAAACAACGAGCUAUUAUGCAUCUUUCAAUGCUCAGUUCCGCACAAAUUGUAUCUGCAGGAGUGCUUGGUUCCAAAACGUUACCGUCUAUCUCAACAUCUGGUGGAUUACCAGUGACAUCAUCUGGAAUUCAUCCAUCAACAGACGAUGAGAAGAUCAAUGAAAUUAAAAUGUCAAAUUCACAUCCUUUGAAUAUGACAAAUAAUCGAAGUGAUAUGCAUAGUUUAAUUGUUGAAGAUAUUGUCACUGAUAGAAGUCCUCAUAUUAAUGAUCUUAUACAUUCUAAUAAUAGAGAAUUAAAGAAUAAAAGUAAUGGUUUAUAUCUUGAAAAUCUACAUAAAUACCCCUCUUCAACAGCUAUCAAUAAUAAUGUUCAAAACAAUUUUACAAUUAGUAAUAAAAAUUUAGUUAAAGGUAAAUCUCAAGAAAACUGUUCAUUUUCUACAGUAAUACAAGAUGAUAAAACGACUCAAUAUAAUCAUAUCAAUUUAAAUCCCUCUAGUCAAGCUACACUAGCCCAUCUUCUUCCUGUAAAUUCAUCUUUACCACCGUAUUCAUUUGAUAUAAGACAACAAGGAAAUAUGAUGAAUAAUGAUAGUUCACAGUUAUCUUAUCCAUAUGAGGCAUUUUUAGCCUUGAGAUCUCAACAACAGUCAAAUUUAUUCAGUCGAAAUUCGGAUACAUUAGAUUUGCAUAACAAACUUCUUGGACCUGUCGACAGUAAACAGCAACACGAAAUCGAUUCAAAACAACUAAAUUUUCCCUUGGCGUUAGAUAACCUUAUGACAAUCACUUCAAAUGAUCAUCGAAAUCAGUCGUCUUCUCCAUCAACUUCAUCUUUAGUAAAUAAUGGUAAUCGUUUACAAUCCACAUUACCAAUAAAUAAUUCCUCUGUUAUAUUACCAAAUUUACAACCUGACGGACUAGUUCUUGUCAAAACAUCAGUUGGUCAGUUAUUAUACUGUCCAUCUAAUCACUAUAACAAUAAUAAUGAUAGUAAUAACGCGAUUCCUCAAAAAAUACAUAAUAAUACUGCCACUAUCAACAAUAAUAUUGAUUCUUCCAUAUCCUCCUCAAAUUGCUCGUCAAUCUCUUCAUUAUCCUCAGUACCGAGUUUUACAUCAACUCUUUCAGUGCCUAAUUCACUAGGCUCUUCAAUGACGUCAACCACACCAUCAGCAUCAGCAUCCGUAGCAAUGGCAGCUGCACAUGUUGCUUCAGUUGCAACCUAUGAACAACAAUGUACAUCAAUAACAUCUGUUUUAUGGCCAACAAAUUCUUUACUGUCAUCAUCAUCAUCAUCACCAUCAUCAUCUCAUCAUGCGUCUGUACUGUCAGCUAAAUCAAAUAUAAAUACAUUUCCUUCGACAGUUGUACCUAAACAAAAUCCAGUUUUAAUAGAACAAUUAAAUGUUAAUCAUGCUCACCGUAAUAACAAUAACAAUUAUAGUGAUUUAAUUGCAAAUGCAUUAGCAACUACUAAUAAACAACUAAGUGAUGAUGGAACAAUGAAUUUCUUACGAGAAAUUUCUUAUUCUUCAAUGAAUCCUUCAAGGGAUAGCGAUGAUUCUAUUUCAGAUUCCCCGAAAUAUUCUAGAAAAAUGAUUGUAGAGAGUGCAGAGAAAAAUAUAUCACUGCCAAAUGUAAAUGUUUCCACUAUGGUUACCAAUACAACACCAGAGGAUUUAAAAAAUAUCAACAUACCCAAAUGGAUGGGACGAUCAGUUACAGCACCUAAAAUGAGAUUGGUUGAAUUAAGUGCCUACAUGAUAAGUUCAACGUCGAAAUCCCAGUCCAAUGGAACUCAUACACAUGAUUUUCAUUUAACUACAACCCCUAAAUCGACGACGGUUGUACACAAUUUUGUUCACAUUGGACCCAUUUUAAACGAGCAAUUAUACACUGACCCAAAUUUGGAGCAAGUAGAUGCAAGUCAAAUCUGGGAUAAAUUUCCUGAAGACAGCCUAAAAGAACUUAUGGAACAUGGACCUAUGAAUACAUUCUUUUUGGUUAAAUUCUGGGCUGAUGUCAACGUGAUGGUUGAACCAGAUGCCACAUUCGCUGUGUCAGCUAUUUUCGAGGGUACGGAAGACGUUCCAAUUAACUUAUCAACUAAAGUUUGCUCAUUUGGCAAAGAAGUAUUAGAAAAAAUAGAGGAUGAACAACCUAGACCCGAAAAUGGACGUUUUGUAUAUCGGUUUUUACGUAGUCCUAUGUGUGAUUAUAUGAAGAAAUUUAUUGGCAAGCUAUUACAAUUGCCUCAGCGAGAAUUAAUGAAUUCCGUUUUGGAGAACUUCACAAUCUUGCACGUCCUGACAAAUAAAUUAACAAAUGAAGUAUUAUUGUGUAUUGCAUAUGUAUUGGAAGUUGCACAAGAGGGUUGUAGGGCACAACAUCACAUAUAUCGAUUGACACGUUAUGGCUAA